AGAGUGAGAGGGAGAUAAGAUUUUUGAAUAAGGGUUGGCCGUUGCUUCUUAUUUCUAUCACAUUCUCAAGAAAAAACUUGUACACCAAACAAACAUAGCAAUGGCCUCAGCAUCACUCCUCAAGUCAUCUCCGGUUCUCGAAAAGUCCGACUUUGUCAAGGGGCAGACUCAUCUCCGCCAGUCUUUGGCCGCCGCCUCUGUCCGCCCCAACACCGCCUCCUUCCCUCUCACCGUCCGUGCUUCCUCCUACGCCGAUGAACUCGUCAAGACCGCGAAAACUAUUGCGUCACCAGGGCGUGGUAUUCUAGCCAUGGAUGAAUCGAACGCGACAUGCGGGAAGCGUUUGGCGUCCAUUGGACUAGAAAACACAGAGGCUAACAGGCAAGCGUACCGUACACUUUUGGUGACGCCACCUGGACUGGGGAACUACGUAUCAGGUGCCAUCCUCUUUGAGGAGACACUCUACCAAUCCGCCGUUGAUGGUAGGAAGAUCGUUGAUAUCCUCACUGAGCAGAACAUUGUUCCCGGUAUCAAGACUGAUAAGGGUUUGGUUCCGCUUGCGGGUUCAAAUGAUGAGUCGUGGUGCCAAGGUCUUGACGGGCUUGCUUCCCGCUCUGCUGCUUACUACCAACAGGGUGCUCGUUUUGCCAAAUGGCGUACCGUUGUAAGCAUUCCCAAUGGUCCAUCUGCUUUGGCCGUGAAGGAGGCCGCCUGGGGACUUGCUCGCUACGCCGCCAUUUCUCAGGACAAUGGAUUGGUGCCGAUAGUGGAGCCAGAAAUAUUGUUGGAUGGAGAGCAUGGGAUAGACAGGACAUUUGAGGUAGCACAGCAGGUAUGGGCAGAGGUGUUCUUCUACUUGGCUCAGAACAAUGUUCUGUUCGAGGGUAUUCUCCUCAAGCCUAGCAUGGUGACACCUGGCGCCGAGUGCAAGGACCGUGCCACUCCCGAGCAGGUCGCCGACUACACUCUCAAGCUCCUCCACCGCAGAGUCCCCUCUGCCGUCCCCGGAAUCAUGUUCUUGUCUGGUGGGCAAUCGGAGGUUGAAGCAACACUCAACUUGAACGCAAUGAACCAAUCUCCAAACCCGUGGCACGUGUCUUUCUCGUACGCGAGAGCUCUGCAGAACACAUGCUUGAAGACUUGGGGAGGAUUGCCCGAGAACGUGCAGGCGGCUCAGGAGGCUCUGCUUGUGAGGGCUAAGGCUAACUCUCUGGCUCAGCUCGGGAAAUACACCGGUGAGGGAGAGUCCGAGGAGGCUAAGAAGGGAAUGUUUGUUAAGGGCUACAGCUACUAAGCUCAUUAUUAUUUAUUUUGGAAACUACGAGAAAACGAGAAAAGGUCUGUAAAAUUGUUAAGCCGAAAAAGAAGAUGUGUUGUUGCUCUUGACGCUUAUUUAUAGCGAUUUGAGACUUAUUUUUGUUCAUUUUACGUGUACUCUCUGUUUUUAACCAGUUAAUAAACCUUGAUGCUGAUGAGAACUA